GAUGAAUAUAUUACUAGCUACCUAACAGUAACCACAUAUGUAGCUCGAGUGUUGAUGCCCCAUGCCUCGGGUGUUGUAACUUGGUGUAAUUCAGUUACUGUAGAAAAUCGACUCCUUUGCUUUAGCCUAGAAAGGGUGGGCGAGGCAAAUUAUAAUACCUAUGUAGCAUUAAAACUUCAUCAGUUGCUCUCUCUUGUUUGGAAUCGUCCCUGCAGCUGAAUGGUUUUCUUCUGAUAUGACCCAACAACCCGCUUCCAAAAUUUAAACAGAUAAGGCACACCCAUACAGAAGCCAUCAUGGGGGACGACAGUGAAUGGAUGAAGUUGCCUAUUGACCAGAAAUGUGAACAUAAGGUAUGGAAAGCAAGAUUAAAUGGAUACGAGGAAGCACUGAAGCUCUUCCAGAGAAUAGAGGACGAGAAGAGCCCAGAAUGGGGAAAAUACUUGGGACUCUUGAAGAGAUUUGUAACAGACUCCAAUGCCGUUGCUCAGCUCAAAGGCCUGGAGGCUGCUCUUGCAUACGUAGAGAAUGCCCAUGUGGCAGGCAAAACAACUGGAGAGGUAGUGUCUGGAGUGGUCAACAAAGUGUUCAACCAGCCCAAAGCACGGGCCAAAGAGCUGGGCGCAGAUAUCGUCCUCAUGUAUAUAGAAAUAGAGAAAGCUGAGGUGGUCCAGGAAGAGCUGCUUAAGGGACUGGACAACAAAAACCCCAAGAUUGUUGUAACAUGCGUUGACACACUAAAGAGAGCACUCGGUGAAUUUGGUUCCAAGAUUGUCACCCUAAAGCCAGUUGUCAAACUGUUGCCAAAACUGUUUGAAUCUCGAGAAAAGGCAAUUCGAGAUGAGGCCAAAUUGCUUGCUGUAGAGAUUUAUAGGUGGAUCCGAGAUGCUCUUCGCCCCCCUCUGCAGAACAUCAACUCUGUGCAGCUGAAAGAGUUGGAGGAGGAGUGGACGAAGCUGCCCACAUCGGCCCCCAGACAGACCCGCUUCCUGCGCUCCCAGCAGGACCUGAAGGCCAAGUUUGAGCAGCAUCAAGCAGCAGGAGGAGACCAGGUGGAUGGAGAUGAUGAAGAUGAUGAUGAAUGUCCAGAACCUAUUGAUCCCUAUGAGCUCCUGGAGGCUGUGGAAGUCCUGUCCAAGUUGCCUAAAGAUUUCUAUGACAAAAUUGAAGCAAAGAAAUGGCAGGAAAGGAAGGAAGUUUUAGAAGCUGUAGACGCCUUGACUAAAAAUCCCAAAUUGGAGAAUGGAGACUAUGGGGACCUUGUCCGUGCCCUGAAAAAGGUUAUUGGCAAAGAUUCCAAUGUGAUGCUCGUGGCGCUGGCUGCCAAAUGCGUCACCGGAUUAGCGGUGGGCCUUCGUAAGAAGUUUGGGACCUAUGCAGGACAGGUGGCGCCAACCAUUUUAGAGAAGUUCAAAGAGAAGAAGCCCACAGUGGUUCAGGCCUUACAGGAGGCCAUAGAUGCAAUCUUCCUAACUACAACUCUUCAAAAUCUGAGUGAGGAUGUUUUGGGUGUGAUGGACAACAAAAACCCAUCCAUCAAGCAGCAGGCCUCCCUGUUCUUGGCCAGAUGUUUCCGCCAUUGCACCCCAUCCACGUUGCCAAAAAGUGUUCUGAAGCCUUUGUGUGCCGCUCUCCUGAAGCAAGUGAAUGACUCGGCAGCGGAAGUGCGAGAUGCUGCGUUUGAAGCUCUGGGCACUGCCAUGAAGGUAGUGGGGGAGAAAGCCGUGAACCCUUUCUUGUCUGACCUGGAUAAACUCAAACUUGAUAAGAUAAAAGAAUCUGCUGAUAAAGUGGAGCUAGCCGGAGGAAAGAAAGCGGGUGGAGCUGAAAAGAAGGAGAAGCCUACUGCCAGGCCUGCAUCUGUAGCAGAGCCUCCACCCAAGGCCUCUGGGCCUCCCAGAAAGGCCCCUGCAGCAAAGUCGGCUGGACCUGCUAAGAAGACAAGACCCUCCACUGCACCUAGCGGGAAAUCAAAGAAGGGUCCAGAAACCAAGGAGAUUGUAGAGACUGAACUCUCACUGGAGGUGUGUGAGGAGAAGGCUGCUGCCGUGCUGCCCGAUGUCUGUAUGCAGCAGCUGGACAGUGGCAACUGGAAGGAGCGGCUGGCCAGCAUGGAAGAAUUUCAGAGGGUUGUGGAGCAGUUGGGUCGGAGCGAGAUGCCGUGCCAGGCGCUGGUCCGGAUGCUGGCCAAGAAGCCGGGCUGGAAGGAGACCAACUUCCAGGUGAUGCAGAUGAAGCUGCACAUCGUGGGUCUGAUCGCCCAGAAGGGCAUCUUUUCCAAGACCUCGGCCUUGGUUGUGCUGGACGGGCUGGUGGACAAGGUCGGCGACGUGAAAUGUGGCGGCAAUGCCAAGGAGGCGCUGACGGCCAUCGGCGAGGCCUGCUCCCUUCCCUGGACCGCCGAGCAGGUGGUCUCGAUGGCUUUUUCACAGAAGAAUCCCAAGAAUCAGGCUGAAACUCUAAACUGGCUUGCAAAUGCCAUGAAGGAGUUUGGAUUCACAGGUAUCAAUGUGAAGGCAUUCAUCACUAAUGUCAAGACGGCUUUGGGUGCAACCAAUCCGGCGGUGCGCAUAUCUGCCAUCACCCUGCUCGGCGUCAUGUUUCUGUAUGUGGGAGCUCCACUGCGCAUGUUCUUUGAGGAUGAGAAAACCGCCUUACUCUCACAGAUCGACGCAGAGUUUGAAAAGAUGCAGGGCCAGUCUGCUCCCGCUCCCAUCAGAGGUUCCACAAAGAAGGGUGCUGAAGAGAAUGGAGAGGAUGCAGAGGAGCAGGAGGAUGACGGUGGAGCAGGAGCAGUGGAUGUCAUGGACCUGCUCCCAAGAAGCGACAUCAGUGACAAGAUCACAUCUGACAUUGUGUCCAAGAUUGGGGACAAGAACUGGAAGAUCCGUAAGGAGGGUCUGGAUGAGGUGGCUGCACUCAUCUCUGAGGCCAAGUUCAUCCAGCCCACCAUCGGGGACCUGCCCUUGGCCCUCAGGGGCCGACUCAAUGACUCCAACAAACUACUGGUUCAGCAGACAUUGAACAUCCUGCAGCAGUUAGCCACAGCCAUGGGCCCUGGCCUCAGGCAGCAUGUCAAGAACUUGGGUUUUCCUGUUAUCACUGUGCUUGGAGACAGCAAGCUGAAUGUGCGCACCUCUGCCAUGACGACGCUGAAUGCCUGGGUGGAGCAGACGAGCAUGAAGGACUGGCUAGAAGGAGAUGACAUGUCGGAGGAGCUGAAGAAGGAAAACCCCUUCCUCAGACAGGAGCUGCUGGGCUGGCUGGCUGAGAGGCUGCCCAACAUGCGUGCCGUGCCCCCUGACCUGAUGCAGUGUCUGCCCCAGCUCUACGCCUGCUUGGAGGACCGCAGCGGAGAUGUGCGCAAGAAGGCCCAGGACGCCCUGCCCACCUUCAUGAUGCACCUGGGCUACGAUAAGAUGUGCAAGGCCACCACCAAACUAAAGCCGGCCUCGAAGGACCAGGUGGUCGUCAUGCUGGAGAAGGCGCGAGCGGUGAUGCCGGCAAAACCAGAAGCUCCCACCAAAGCCGGCCAAACCAAGGCAGCCUCCAGUAGCGCCCCCUCUGGGAAACGAGCCACAGCUCCAGCCAGUGUCCAGAGCACAGCAGAUGACUUUAGCCCCAGUGAACCCAAACCUGACACCAAGAGAUCCAAGUCAGCAGGCCCAGCUGCUAAAAAGAUAGCCAGUGCAGAACUCAACCAUGGCAUGGACAAAUCUAAUAGUGUCAGAAAUCCCAAAAGGCUUUCAGACCAGAAACAUGACGACAUACAGGGUGUGGUGGCGAAGAAGACUCCAGUCAAGGCCAAUGCUAAGGAGGAAGAGGAUAAAUCUGGCCCCAUCUUCACCCUGGUACCCAAUGCUAAAGAGCAGCGGAUAAAGGAGGAGAAGGGCCUCAAGAUCCUGAAGUGGAACUUCACCACCCCGCGGGAUGACUACGUGGAGCAGCUCAAGACCCAGAUGUCCCCCUGCCUGGCCAGGUGGCUCCAGGACGAGCUCUUUCACUUUGACUUCCAGCGCCAUGUCAAAGCCAUCAACGCCAUGAUCGAGCACAUGGAGGAUGAGCGGGAGGCAGUGAUUGGCUGUCUGGACCUGGUGCUGAAGUGGUUCACGCUGCGAUUCUUCGACACCAACACCAGUGUGAUUAUGAAGGCACUGGAGUUCCUCAAGCUGCUGUUCACCAUGCUGAGGCGCGAGGACUACCACCUCAGCGACUACGAGGCCUCCUCCUUCAUUCCCUACCUUAUCCUCAAGGUAGGGGAGUCAAAAGACGUGGUGCGCAAGGACGUGCGUGCUAUUUUCACCAUGCUGUGUAAGGUGUACCCUGCCAGCAAGCUCUUCCCCUUCAUCUUGGAGGGCACCAAAUCCAAGAACUCAAAGCAGAGAUGUGAGUGUCUGGAGGAGCUCGGGUGCUUGAUUGAGGGCUUCGGAAUGAAUGUUUGCCAGCCAACUCCAGCUAAAUGCCUGAAGGAGAUCGCUGUCCACAUCGGUGACCGGGACACGACCGUGCGGAACGCUGCUCUCAACACUGUGGUAGUGGUGUACAAUGUCUGUGGGGACCAGGUCUACAAACUCAUCGGCAAUCUCUCUGAGAAAGAACUGAGCAUGUUGGAAGAGCGGGUCAAACGCUCGGCGAAGAAGACGCCGCCGCCUCCAGCCAAACCAGCCGAGCGGGAGAGAGCACCGCGAGAGCACCCCACCAACCCCAACGCCACCUUCAUGCGCAAGCCCGCCCAGGAGGAGAUGCCCAACAAGCUCAAAGAAAUGUAUCGCACUUAUAGGAUCCAAGCACGCUCGCACAACUCGGAGCAUUCGGCGCCCUCUAUCCCGCGGGAGUUCCAGCUCGACCUGGACAUGAUCGAGAACGACCACACAAACGUGUGCGAGCUGCCCGACCUGGUGCAGCACAAGCUGGAGGAGCUGCUGGAGCCGGUCAUGAUCCCCGAGCCCAAGAUGCGUUCAGUGUCACCCCACUAUGAUGACCUCCGUAACAGCACAGCCUCCACCAUCAACUUUGUCAUCUCCCAGGUGGCCAGUGGAGACAUCAACACCAGUAUCCAGGCCCUCGCACAGAUCGAUGAGGUGUUGCGGCAGGAGGACAAAGCGGAGGCCAUGUCUGGGCACAUUGACCAGUUCCUCAUCGCCACGCUCAUGCAGCUGCGGCUUAUCUACAACACCCACAUGGCCGACGACCGGCUGGACAAGAGGGAUAUCUUCAAGCUCUACAGCUGCAUCAUCGGCAACAUGCUUUCUCUGUUCUCUGUGGAGAGUUUGGCGCGCGAGGCAUCCAUGGGGGUGCUGAAGGACUUGAUGCACGGCCUCAUCACCCUCAUGCUGGACGCGCGGGUGGAGGACAUUGAGGACGGCCAGCAGCUCAUCCGCUCCGUUAACCUGCUGGUGGUGCGCGUGCUGGAGAGGUCUGACCAGACCAACAUCCUCAGUGCUCUCUUGGUGCUGCUACAAGACAGUCUUCUCACUACAGCAGGGUCUCCAAUGUUCUCAGAAUUGGUCAUGAAGUGCCUGUGGAGGAUGAUCCGGUUCCUUCCUGAGACCAUCAACACCAUCAACCUGGACCGCAUCCUCCUGGACGUGCACAACUUCAUGAAGGUGUUCCCCAAGGAGAAGCUCAAGCAGCUCAAGAGCGACGUCCCUCAUCGGACACUCAAGACCCUCCUGCACACGCUCUGCAAGCUGAAGGGUGCCAAGAUUCUGGAUCACAUGUCCAUGGUCGAGAACCGAAACGAGUCGGAGCUGGAGGCACACCUGCGGCGAGUGGUCAAGCACUCCGGCAACCUGUCCGGCUACAAGUGUGAAAAGGGCUCUGAGAAGGGAGCCAACCGCACGGAUGAGAAGAUGUCUAAGACCAAAGUGAGUGAGAUUCUGUCUGAGAUCUUCAAGAAGAUUGGCUCCAAGGAGAACACUAAAGAGGGUCUGACCGAGCUGUAUGAGUACAAGCUGGUGUACUCCGAUACCGAUGUAGAGCCUUUCUUGAGCAACACAUCGCAGUUCUUCCAGAGCUACGUGGAGCGAGGCCUGCGCAUGAUCGAGUCUGAGCGCGAGGGCAAAGGACGCAUCCAGUCCUCCAGCACUGUGAUACCCCAGCAUGCUGGAGAUGCUCCCAUGUACGUGCCCAGCUCCAGCAGUGUCCCAAUCAACAGCAACGGGGAAGAGCUGAAACCAGCCGUGUACUAUGAGCGGCUCAAGAUCCUCAGACAGAGACAUGGGCUGGAGAACAACUCUAAGCUGCAGCAACAGCAGCAGCAGCAGCAGUCGGUGCAGGACGAGCGGCCGCCCCUCACCUCCCUGCUGUCCAAGCCCACGGUGGCCUCCUCCACCGACAUGCUGCACAGCAAGCUAUCGCAGCUGAAGGAGUCGCGCGAGUCACACUUCCAGCAGGAGCACUCGCACAGCCCCACACGCUCCUCCUCGCCCGCCGCCAACCUCGACGACCUCAAGAAGAGGCUGGAGCGCAUCAAGAGCAACCGCCAGUGAGCAGCGCCAGCCCAGCCCAGCCCUAUCCGCUAACGCCACCCCAACCGGCUAGCCAGGCUAGGCCCUCGCUUGUACUCCGCACAUAAGACAUGCAUUCAUAGAUGACCCUGGUUCUUCAUUUCAGUCAGGGUUACCCACCUACGCCUGUGUAUAAAAAUAAUAUAAUAAUUAAUUCAACAUAAAAACCAAGCUUCCCAUCUCCAUUGUACUAUAUAUAAUAUUUAAUUUAACUACCUUUUUGUUUUUGUUUUUAGUAUUGUGCAGUUUGUUUGUAUGUGUAUAUACACUCAUGAACGCUAACCACUCGCUUCUAAGUGUCAUUUUAGGAGUUUUCAACGUACGGUUUCUUUGUGCGGAAUGCUUUUAUUAUGCGUCACUUGAAGCUGUUUUCUAGACGUCUGGUCAACAUGUCUCUUCUCUUCAUUUCCUCCUGAACCAUGUCUGUUUUUAACCACUCUUCUGGAUUCUUUUUUUCUUUUACUUGCUUUUCCACACGAGAGGUUCCUGUACAAUUUGAAGGAUUUUUGAUUUGUGUCCUUGGAAAUAAGGAGCAUGGCAUGAAGUACUUAAACUAUUUUAUUUUGUAAAUAAGGUUUGCAUUACUAAAUGCUGUUUGAGAUUUAAAUAAUUGUAUUUUUUUUUUUGUUUGUUUGUUUUUCUCCCCUGGCUUUCUGACGUCUUUGUUAGAAUGCUGGUCAUCCUGAUGCAUUGUUUUGUAUUUCAUCCAGUUGGAAGUAGUCUUAAAAUGUUGCUAUUGAGUUUUACGUGUAUAAUCUAUAGUGAAAUGGCAAUAAAGGUCCAUUGUUUUUUUUAACAAACUA